UGUCUGUAUUUUUCGUUCAAUCAGUUACUCGUGUCACGUGUUUCGUAAGAGUUUACAAUUCAAGAAGUAUAUUAUCAUAAUUGUGCUUUGAUUCACGGUGUGUAUCACUCGUUUCCAUCGAGUGAAUCGAGUCGAAUCGAGGCGGAGGUUGAAUUUUCUGCCGGAGGUGCAAUAGAUGCAUCGUUGAAUCCUGCGAUUAGGGCAUAUAUGUCCACACCAAUUCGAUAUGAGUACAGAAGGAAGAUUGUACACAGGGAGAAGAUGACACCGCGAAGAUAUGUGUUCGCGGCGAUCAGGCGAACGUUGCUGGCCGCUGGUAUCCUGACGUUGAUAGUGUUGGCUCUGUCGAGUCAGGAUGCCAGCAACAACGUGCAGCAGGGGCUUUUGUUGGAGGAGGAUUCGAAUCUGACACCAGAGGAAAGAUUGAUGGAGGAAGCGGCGAUCGCCGAGACUGAGAAACGAUUGGAGGGCAGGAGGAAGUUCCUGGCAGAGAAGUGCUCCGAAGAGGGAUUAGAUCGGCCUGGAAACGACUCUCUUCAUAGGCCUAACGCAUGGGAAUUUCUUGUAAAUAAAGAGUAUCAUUUGAUAUGGUGCAACGUCUUCAAAGCUGCGUCUACAUCUUGGAUGUACAAUUUUAAUCUACUUGCUGGAUAUAGUCCGCAAUUCUUGAAGGCCUCAAAAGCUGUGCCAGUUUCCCUGGCAAGGCAGAAGUAUCCCAGGCACACAGCAGAUGAGUUAAACAAAUUCCUAAACGACAGUAUCAGCUUCCUCAUAGUCAGACACCCAUUUGAGAGACUUCUCAGUGCCUACAGGGACAAAUUGGAGCAUAGCUUGCCUCAUACGUUUCAUAGUAAUCUUGGGGCUCAUAUUGUUUGGAACUACAGGUCUAGGGAUCCAAAGACGAAUGGAAGGCAUGGCCCGAGGUAUCCACUCUUUGAAGAAUUCGUACGAUGGCUGUUGUGUCAAUGGAGAGCCGGAAACGAACUGGACAUGCACUGGACACCGGUAGUAAAUUUUUGCACACCGUGUCAAGUACGAUUCGAUGUUAUUGCAAAGUUUGAAACGCUCCAUGAAGAUCAAGAUUAUCUUAUAAAGCAAGCACACGUGGGCCAUAUCAUAAAACCAGAAUGGAAAAACCCUACUAGAGGAGUCCAAACCAAGGAUGUGAUUAAGAAUUACUUCGCUCAAUUGUCUAAAUCACAGAUCAAAGAUCUCUAUGAGAUGUUCAGGUAUGACUUUGUGCUUUUCGAUUAUUCUCCCGAUGAUUACAUAGCACUUGGGAGAGAUGAGGACACUGUGUUGAUCUGUAAAAAGUAAUUCAGUAUUUCGUACAUAGAUAACAAGUGCAUUGACACUUGAACCGUUCCCCCCCCCUUUUUUUUUAUUUUCCUUAAAUGUUAACGAACGAAAUGUUAACAACGAAAAUAUUAGAUAGGAAGUACCUUUCACGGGCUAAAACGAGGAAAAGAAAACAUAACGAGAAUUGUUCAAGUUGAUGAUAUCCAUGUAAGCACUGCUAUUGCAUUUAAACUUUUGAUAAAAAAAAGUAACAAAGCGUUACAGUAUAUUCAAUUGUUAGGACCUAAGGCGACGAGACAUUUGUAAAUUGUUAUAAAUCAACACAAGAAUGAUUUUAAAUGUAUCAUACCUAUAAGAAUACCCCGUUGCUUAAGUACUAUACACGACGAUGAAUUUUUUCAUGUACGA